GUUUCAAAUCGAUUAUAUCAGAAGCGAAGAUAAGUGGAUGUUGCCAACUUCUCUCUGCAACUCUCUGAUAUAAGAAACCAUCGAUCAAUGAUUAUGGUUUACCAACUGCAACUCAAAAGGGAUUUAAAGACACAAGACACCUACAGUUCCUGAAUCAAAACCAAUGAGUGAAAGCAAAACAGAGUUUCAUCAGGUAACAAGUGCCGCCGAUAACGGCCAAUCGUCGAGUUCAUGGCGAAACCACAGAGUCGGAACCUCGUUUGAAGAAAAGAGUGAGAUGGGUAUGAAGGUGGAGGAAGUGAGGCAGCUUAACAAGAUGCUAACACAUCUCGAACAGGAAACGCACACGAUGAAGCAAGAAAUGUUGAAGAACGCAGCCGAAAGGAAGAAGUUAAUGAACGAUGUAUAUCGCCAGUUAAAACGCCUACAAUUCUCUCUACGCCUUCAAAACCAGUCCUCAGGAUACGAAAUCUGUGAGAAACAGGAAGGAGGGAGGCCAGAUGGAUUGUCUCAAGUUUUAUACCAAGAUUGGAAUUCGUCGGUGGUCAUCAGGAGAGGUUCGAGAGCUUAUUCAGUCUCGGUCAAACAUCUUAGAUAUGGUAAUUGAAAGCAGAAUCGAUAAAACGACCACUUCUGAUAACAUUUUGUCACUGAUUGUUCAACACAACUAUUUGCAUAAUUCUUGCUAAUUCUACAGCUCAGACACAAGCCAAGACUUGCAACAGUUUGCAUAAUUCUUGUAC